UUUGAGUAUAAUAGGCACUGGCAUUUCGAAGCCGAGUCUCACUCUCCCGAUUCUCACCUCGUCGAGUCUCCAAAAUCUCUGAAUCUAAGUACCCCCUCUCUUCCUCUUCACCGAUCUUUCCCCCAAAUUCACCAUUGUUGUCUAAUCUCGCCAUCCGCAGAAUCUCACACCCUCUCGCUUUUGCAGUCUUUUUUUUUUCCCCUCUCCUGUUUGAAAACCCUAGACUAUAGCUUUGUCGUUGCAAUGCUGAAAUUCUCGUCAACUACUGCCAAUCAGAUUCGGUUUGUCCUGCAAAGCCUCACCGAAGCAAAUGCAGACUCUGUUAUUCAGGACCUCUCUCAGUUCGUUGAAUAUGAAACCGAGGGAAGGAUUUUGCUGCUCCAAACGUGCCUGGAUCAUCUGAACAGAUACAGGACAGACGCGAAGAAUGCGACCUUGGAAAUAGUUGUGGCUGCAAUUUUCAAAUGUCUUCUGGAUAGACCUAAUUUUAGUACGGUGUUUUGUGAGUCACUAAGAAAUUCAGAGAUCAGUGAAGCAAUACUUGAGAAUUUCUCAAAUGCAUUGCACCUAUCCGCGUCAGAAAAGAUUUGCAUUGGUCUUGCUUUGUCUGAUUCUGAAAACUCUGACACCAGGAUAUGUGGCAAGAACUUUUGUAUGGCUCAGAUUGAAGAGUUAUGUGCAAAUCCUGUCGCACUUAAUUCUUCUGAGCAAAUUUUGAAUAUCAUUAUGUUCCUCCAGCAGUCUGAGGGUCUCUCCAAGCAUGUAGAUUCGUUUAUACAGAUGUUAUCUUUGGUGCAGCCGAAAGACGUCUCACAAUUUGUUCUGACUCCUUCUGUUUCAGAUGAACAGCGAGAGGCCAAUUUCUUGAAGAAUAUGGAUUUGUUGCACGAGGGUGAAGAUAAUGAUUUUGAUGUGAUUUUGGCUGAAAUGGAGAAGGAAAUGAGUUUGGGAGAUAUUAUGAAGGAGCUAGGUUAUGGAUGCACAGUUGAUGCUUCCCAGUGCAAGGAGAUUUUAUCCCUUUUCUUACCGCUCAAUGAAAUCACUAUUUCUAAGAUACUUGGAACUAUAACCUGCUCCCAUGCUGGUCUUGAGGACAGCCAGAACUCAUUUUCAACAUUUGGCAUGGCUCUUGGUUGCAACACGUUGUCUGAAAUGCCUUCAUUGAAUAGUUGGAAUAUCGAUGUCCUUAUUGAUACUAUUAAGCAACUCGCACCUAGUACCAACUGGAUACAUGUUAUUGAAAAUUUGGAUCAUGAGGGAUUCUAUAUUCAUAAUCAGGAGGCGUUAUCCUUCUUUAUGUCUGUAUAUAAGCGCGUGUCCCAGGAGCCUUUCCCACUCCAUGCGAUUUGCGGGUGUGUUUGGAAGAAUACUGAGGGUCAGUUAUCGUUUCUUAAAUAUGCUGUAUCAGCACCACCCGAAGUUUUUAGCUUUUCCCAUUCUCAGAGACAGCUGGAGAAUUUUGGGCCUAAUAUUCAAGUUGGACAUGCAAAUCAUGCAUGGUUGUGCCUUGACCUUUUGGACGUAUUGUGUCAAUUAUCCGAGAGGGGUCAUGCUUCUACUGCUCGAUCAAUGCUUGAUUAUCCUCUUCAACACUGUCCUGAAGUCUUGCUUCUUGGGAUUGCACAAAUAAACACUGCAUAUAAUCUGCUGCAACAUGAAGUGUCUGCGAUUGUAUUUCCUACCAUAGUGAAGAACUCCAUGGCUAGUAGCAUAAUUCUUCAUCUUUGGCAUGUAAAUUCCAAAUUGGUGUUGCGGGGAUUUGCAGAUGCUCACAAAUGUGAUUUAGACAUUAUUACAAAAAUACUGGACCUUUGCCAAGAGCUGAAGAUAUUGUCACCUGUGCUAGAUAUGACUCCUUCUUCAUUUAGUAUCAAGUUGGCUGCCCUUGCUUCUAAAAAGGAGCUUGUAGACCUUGAAAAUUGGCUGAGUGGUAAUUUGAAUACGUAUAAAGAUAUUUUCUUUGAGGAGUGCCUCAAGUUCUUAAAGGAGAUCCAAUUUGGUGGAUCACAUGAUUUUUCCACCCGACCUUUCCAACAUUCUGGUGCCAUCUCCAAUCUUUAUGCGGAUGCUACUAGUACCUUUUUGAAGGCCCUUAAAUCUCAUACUGGAUUGAUUACUUCUAGCCAACUUUCUGAGGAAUUGGAAAGGUUGGAUGUAUCAAUUGUUGACUCUAAUCCAAGACUUCAAAAUGGUGGAACUGCUGAUUCAUCAACUGAUGGAUAUGCAGAUGACAUUGAAGCUGAAGCCAACUCUUACUUCCAUCAGAUGUUUUCUGGUAAUUUGACCAUUGCUGAAAUGGUGCAGAUGUUGGCCCGCUUCAAAGAAUCAUCUGUAAAUAGGAAGAACUUAAUUUUUGAGUGCAUGAUUGCAAAUCUGUUUGAGGAGUACAUGUUCUUUCCAAAGUAUCCCGAAAAGCAAUUGAAGAUUGCAGCCAUUCUUUUUGGUUCUGUUAUCAAGCAUCAACUUGUAACUCAUCUUCCACUUGGGAUUGCUCUACGCGGUGUUCUGGAUGCAUUGCGCAAACCUGCUGAUUCAAAAAUGUUUGUGUUUGGUACCAAGGCUUUGGAGCAGUUUGUGGAUCGCCUUAUAGAGUGGCCGCAAUACUGCAACCAUAUAUUACAAAUUUCCCAUCUACGUAGUACUCAUUUAGAGCUAGUUACUUUCAUUGAACAAGCUCUAGCUAGGAUUUCAUCAGGUCAUUCAGACUCUGAAGGGGGCAACCAGGCUUCUUCUGCUCAUCACCAUGGCCCAUAUCAAGUGGCAUCAGGACAUAUGGAUUUACAGUUGAAUGUCCCUGGUACCAUGCACUCUGGGCAGCAACUCUCUUCUUCUCUGCAGCUUCAACAGAGACAUGAUAGCUCUUUUGAUGAGCGUCAUAAGAUCCCUGUGGCUUCAUCCAAUGACAAACCACCUUUAUCUUCUGUCGUGCAAACACCAGGUGCUCCUAUUGGUGAAGCUAGUAGUGCUCAGAAAUUACAUAGUGCAACUAGUUCUCCGGCAAUGCUUUCUUCUACCCAAGGAUUUGUUCGUUCUACAAGAGGAGUUCCUUCCACAAGGUUUGGGUCAGCUCUGAACAUUGAAACAUUAGUUGCUGCUGCAGAGAAAAGGGAUACUCCUAUAGAGGCUCCAGCAUCAGAGGUUCAGGACAAGAUCUCGUUUAUAAUUAAUAAUAUUUCUUCUGCUAAUCUUGAAGCUAAAUCAAAGGAAUUCAUUGACAUAUUGAAAGAGCAGCACUAUCCAUGGUUUGCACAAUACAUGGUUAUGAAAAGGGCAAGUAUUGAGCCAAAUUUUCAUGAUUUGUACCUGAAAUUCCUGGACAAAGUAAAUGCAAAGGCCUUGAAUAAAGAGAUUAUUCAGGCCACUUAUGAGAACUGCAAGGUUCUUUUGGGGUCAGAGCUAAUAAAAUCAAGUUCAGAAGAGCGUUCAUUAUUAAAAAAUUUAGGAAGCUGGCUUGGAAAGUUGACAAUUGGAAGAAACCAAGUUUUACGGGCUCGGGAAAUAGAUCCCAAAUCCUUGAUUAUAGAGGCAUAUGAGAAGGGCUUGAUGAUUGCUGUAAUACCAUUCACAUCAAAGGUCCUGGAACCAUGCAAUGUCAGUCUAGCAUAUCAACCUCCCAAUCCCUGGACUAUGGGAAUUCUUGGAUUACUUGCUGAAAUUUAUUCGAUGCCAAACUUGAAAAUGAAUCUGAAAUUCGACAUUGAGGUUCUAUUCAAAAACCUAAAUGUGGAUUUGAAGGAGAUAACACCAACUGCCCUUCUGAAGGAUCGCAAGAGAGAAGUUGAAGGAAAUCCUGAUUUUUCUAAUAAAGAUGUGGGAGCAUCGCAACCUCAAAUGGUUGCUGAAGUUAAAUCAACCCUAAUGUCUCCACUAAAUCAAGUUGAGCUACCACUUGAGGUUGCUCCUUCAUCUAAUUCUGCAGGACAUCCUCAUUUAUUAUCUCAGUAUGCUGCUCCUCUACAUCUUUCGUCUGGUACAUUAAUGGAGGAUGAUAAGUUGGCAGCUUUAGGAUUGUCUGAUCAGCUUCCAUCUGCACAAGGACUGCUACAAGCUACUCCUCAGUCACCAUUCUCUGUUAGUCAGCUUCCCACACCAGUACCUAACAUUGGUACUCAUGUCAUCAUCAACCAGAAGCUUAGUGCGUUGGGCUUGCACAUGCAUUUUCAGAGAGUUGUUCCGAUUGCAAUGGAUAGAGCUAUUAAAGAGAUAGUGCCUAGUAUUGUUCAACGUAGUGUUUCUAUAGCUACCCAGACAACUAAGGAACUUGUUUUAAAGGAUUAUGCCAUGGAAUCGGAUGAAACACGUAUAUUCAAUGCAGCACACUUGAUGGUUGCAAGUCUGGCAGGAAGUCUAGCGCAUGUGACGUGCAAGGAACCCUUGCGAACUUCUAUACUGAGUCAACUGAGGAAUUCACUUCAGGGUUUGAAUCUUGCUAGUGAACUUCUGGAACAAGCAGUUCAAAUUGUUACCAAUGACAAUUUGGAUCUUGGCUGUGCAGUCAUUGAGCAGGCUGCAACCGAUAAGGCCAUACAAAGCAUUGAUGGAGAAAUAAAUCAACAACUUUCAUUGAGGAGGAACCAUAGAGACGGUGUUGGCGCCAACUUUUUUGAUGCUAACGUGUACACUCAAGGAUCAAUGGGUGUUGUGCCAGAGUCUCUUCGUCCUAAACCUGGUCAUUUGUCGCUUUCUCAACAGAGAGUAUAUGAGGACUUUGUCCGGCUUCCUUUGCAAAAUCAAUCUAGUCAGAGUUCGCAUGCUGUGCCUGCUGGUGCCUCUGCUUCAACUGCAAAUGCUGGUCUAGCUGGUGCUUAUGGUACAGCUUCAACACAACUUAGUCCAGCAUAUUCUUCUGCAUCUGGAAGCUUGGGUUUUGACUCUGUCUCCCGUCCAGUGGACGAGGCUAUUGAUUCUACUAAUUCAGCUCUGCAUCUUAGUGCUUCCUCAUUGCAUGUUGGUGUGGCUGAAGCUGUUACCCAACAUAGUUCUGAAAGUGAUCCUGUCGUUGGUUCAUUUGCUACUGUUUCUUCUCUGCCUGAGUUACAUUCAGUGGAGUACACUGAUGCUGCUAAGGAAUCUGGAACUUCUUCGCAGCCAUUGCCUUCACCUGCUGCUGGUGAGCGUCUUGGAAGUAGCUUAUCAGACCCUUCACUUAGUACAAGGGACGCGUUGGAUAAGUACCAGAUUGUUUCACAAAAGCUUGAAUCUUUGAUAACUAAUGAAGCUAGAGAAGCAGAAAUUCAGGGAAUUGUUACUGAAGUUCCAGAGAUCAUACUUAGAUGUGUAAGCCGUGAUGAAGCUGCCUUAGCUGUUGCUCAAAAGGUUUUCAAGGGUUUAUAUGAAAAUGCAUCAAACCAUGUUCAUGUUGGUUCUCUUCUCACGAUCCUUACUGCUAUUCGGGAUGUGUGCAAGCUAGUUGUCAAGGAGCUCACUAGCUGGGUGAUUUAUUCAGACGAGGAGCGAAAGUUUAACAAAGAUAUUACUGUUGGCCUUAUCCGUAGUGAAUUGUUAAACCUUGCAGAGUAUAAUGUGCAUAUGGCAAAACUUAUUGAUGGAGGAAGGAAUAAGGCUGCAACGGAGUUUGCUAUUUCACUUCUUCAAAUAUUGGCAGUAGAAGAAUCUACAGUAAUUUCGGAACUUCAUAAUCUUGUAGAUGCAUUAGCAAAGCUUGCUUCAAAGCCUGGGUCUCCCGAGUCAUUGCAACAGUUGGUUGAGAUGGUCAAGAAUCCUUCAGCAAAUGUGGCUGUUUCUUCUGGUGUUAAUGUUGGGAAGGAUGACAAGGCUCGACAAUCUAGAGACAAGAAAGCUCCUGGUCUCUCUAUGGUUAAGGAAGACUUGAGUAGUGUAGAGUCUGUUGAACCAGAUCCUGCUGGUUUCCGUGAGCAGGUUUCGAGGCUGUUUGCAGAGUGGUACAGGAUUUGUGAACUUCCUGGUGCUAAUGAUGCAGCGUGUGCACAUUACAUUUUACAGCUGCAUCAAAAUGGACUGCUGAAAGGGGAUGACGUGACAGAGAGAUUUUUCCGCCUCCUCACAGAACUUUCUGUUGCGCAUUGCCUAUCUUCUGAGGUGAUUAAUUCAGGCACAUUGCAAGCACCUCUUCAAGGGCAGAGUUUGUCAUUUCUUGCAAUUGAUAUUUAUGCAAAAAUCGUCUUUUCAAUUCUCAAGCAGGGAACCAAUAAACCAUUUCUCUUGUCUAAGAUUCUAGCAGUUACUGUCAGAUUCAUUCAAAAAGAUGCUGAAGAGAAGAAAUCAUCUUUUAAUCCAAGACCAUAUUUUAGAUUGUUUAUCAAUUGGCUUCAGGAUCUUGGCUCCAUAGACCCCCUUGUAGAUGGCGCAAACUUUCAGAUUUUGACAGCAUUUGCAAAUGCAUUUCAUGCUUUGCAGCCUCUCAAAGUUCCUGCAUUCAGCUUUGCAUGGCUCGAGUUGGUGAGCCACAGGAGUUUCAUGCCAAAAAUGCUGACGGGGAAUGGUCAGAAGGGUUGGCCCUAUAUUCAACGAUUGCUGGUAGACUUGUUCCAAUUUAUGGAACCAUUCUUGAGAAAUGCUGAGCUUGGAGUUCCGGUUCAUUUUCUGUAUAAAGGCACACUUAGGGUGUUGUUAGUGCUGCUUCAUGAUUUCCCCGAGUUUUUGUGUGAUUAUCAUUUUACCUUCUGUGAUGUUAUUCCUCCAAGCUGCAUUCAAAUGAGAAAUAUUAUUCUAAGUGCAUUUCCCCGCAAUAUGAGGCUGCCAGAUCCAUCUACUCCUAACUUGAAGGUGAUUGAUUUGCUUGCAGAAAUCAGCCAAUCUCCUCGCAUUCUUUCGGAGGUUGAUGCAGCUCUAAAGGCAAAACAAAUGAAGAAUGAUGUGGAUGAGUAUCUCAAGACAAGGCAAGGCUCCUCAUUUUUGACUGAUCUGAAACAGAAGCUGCUUCUUCCACCCAGUGAAGUUGCUGCGGCUGGCACCAAUUAUAAUGUACCCUUGAUAAACUCCCUUGUGCUUUAUGUUGGCAUGCAGGCCAUCCAGCAGCUUCAGGCUAGAACUUCUCAUUCCCAAAGUAGCCAAAAUGUUCCACUUGCUGUAUUCUUGGUGGGUGCUGCCUUAGAUAUAUUCCAGGCUCUAAUAGUGGACCUAGAUACUGAGGGACGCUAUCUAUUCCUUAAUGCGGUGGCUAACCAACUCCGCUAUCCAAACACUCAUACACAUUACUUUUCUUUUAUCCUUCUUUACUUGUUUGCCGAAUCCAAUCAGGAAAUUAUCCAGGAGCAAAUUACAAGAGUCUUGUUGGAACGUUUGAUUGUUAACAGGCCUCAUCCAUGGGGUCUUCUUAUUACAUUUAUUGAGCUUAUUAAGAAUCCAAGGUACAACUUUUGGAACCGAGGUUUCAUUAGGUGCGCACCAGAAAUUGAAAAGCUUUUUGAAUCAGUGUCAAGAUCUUGUGGGGGCCCGAAACCUGUGGAUGAGAGUAUGGUGUCCAAUUGGGUAUCUGAGAACGCACACUAACUUGUAACUUUUCCAUGUGGAUAUUUACGGCGCACGGCAUGCGUUUUUAUUUGCUAGUAUUCACUGCUUUAGUUGCAGAGUAGCUCAAAACUGCUAAUGGCAUGUAAAUAUUCUUUCUGUUUUGUAGUGCGGUCAUUAAUCAUUGCAUUUGAAUUAUAUCAUUUAGACAGUUAAAUAUCCCUGCACAGUUGUAUAUCAUUCUUCAAGUUCAAUGUAAUUUUUACUUCUAAAACAAACUUGAGAAAGAGCCAUGUUUCUUUAA